AUGCGUGCUCACGAUGCUAUGCAGAGCGAGGAAGCCAAUGAUGCUGCUUGGGAGGCUGCCAGAGGAGGUGUUGCUGGUGCAGUCAAGUGGGGAAUAGGUGCCGCAGUGUUGGGUGCUGCCGGCUAUAUCUGGUCGCCCUUGUAUCGAUCCAUGACGGUUCAAUUCAAAGUGUAUUUACAAAUGUGUGGCAUGGUACCUGGGGCCAUGAUCGAGGCAGACUCACGGCUUAGAGCAUACGAGCACCGAGUGAGAAUGCAGCGGCGGUUGAUGGGAGACAGGGCUAAAUGGGAACGGUAUGAGGAGGAAUUUAUCAAAGGUGAUGGCAAGUGA